AUGCCUCUCGUCGUCCACCACCUUCAGCGCUCCCAGUCGGACCGUGUCGUCUGGCUGUGCGAGGAGCUCGGCGUGCCCUACGAGCUCAAGAUCUACCAGCGCGAUCGCAAGACUCUGCUGGCGCCACCAGAAUUGAAGGCCCUCCACCCGGCCGAGACGGCGCCCAUCUUCGAGGAUGGCGAGCUGAAGAUGUCCGAAUCCAGCGCCAUCAUGGAGUACAUCAUGACCAAGCACGGCAACGGCCGCUUCAAGGUGCCGCCGAGCGCGCCCAACUACGCCGACUACGUCUACUGGUUCCAAUGGUCCGUCGGCACGCUGCAGCCCAGCAUCCAGACGCCCAUGACCCUGCAGCUGGCCGGCCUCACCGAUAGCUCGAUCCCCAUCGUACAGGCCAUGCAGGCCCGCGUCGCCAGGACCCUGAAGUGGAUGGACAGCCGCCUGAAGGAGAAGCCGUACCUGGCAGGCGACGACUUCACCGCCGCCGACAUCUACGCCGCCUUCACCGUCUCGACCAUGCGCCUGUUCUGCCCCUUCCCUCUGACUGGUUACGACGGCAUCCUGCAGUGGCUCCAGCGCUUGGCCGAGCGGCCGGCCUACAAGGCCACCAUCGAGAAGGCCGAGAAGGGCGAGGACCGCGGAGUGGUACCGACCAUCAUGGCCGAGGCGCCGACGGCAAUGUGGGCGUUUAUCGAGAAAUAG